CUCCGCCCCCUCUGAGGUUUGCAAGAAGUUGGCAGUAUUAAACAUCUCCUCCAGAGCUAGGUGCAGGUCUCGGGUUCUUCUGUGGGACAGCUGGUUAUCUGAAAGGUUUAAUGACUACAGGGAGCAAAAUUACAGCGACAUGUCGGACCCGAGUGGACAAAAAGUGUGUUCAGCGGUGAGGAGAGCCGGCUGCUUCUUCGCUCUCUAUCUUGUCCUGGUUUUUGUCUCCUCUGUCAGCUGUCGUUCUGUCGAGGCUCAGAGCAGCGCAGCGGAGGAACCGGAGACCUAUAACACUUACUACAAUUAUGUGGAGCUCACCCGUCGUCUGAAAGCUCUGGCCCAGAGAUAUCCACACAUCGCCAAUUUAAGCAGCAUCGGACAGUCGGUCGAAGGAAGGGAGUUAUGGGUGAUGCGGAUCACCAAGGAGCCUUUAACCUAUGUGCCAGGUAAACCCAAAUUCAAAUACGUGGGCAACAUGCACGGGGAUGAGACGAUCUCACGUCAGGUGUUGGUUUAUCUGAUCGAGUAUCUGCUGGGGAGGUAUGGAGAAAAUCAGCGGGUCAUGGAGCUCGUCAACAACACGGAUAUUUAUAUCAUGCCGAGCAUGAACCCAGACGGCUUUGAAAAGUCGGUGGAGGGGGACUGUCUUGGCCAAGCCGGGGGCAGAAAUAACGCCAAGAACAUCGACCUGAACAGAAAAUUUCCGGACCAGUUCAUUCAGAUUAACGUGAAUGAAGCCGAUAUCCCCGAAAACACAGCCAUGAUGAAGUGGAUUCUGGACAACAAGUUUGUCUUGUCUGGAAAUUUGCAUGGUGGAACCGUAGUGGCCAGUUACCCGUUUGAUGACUCAACCUGGCACACCGCCACUGGCGUCUACAGCAGCUCACCCGACGAUGCACUCUUCCGCUACCUAGCUCAAGUUUAUGCCAAGAAUCACCCCAUCAUGAAGACAGGAGAGCCCAAGUGUGAUGGAGAACCUGAUGAGACUUUCAAGGAUGGCAUCACUAAUGGUGCGCAUUGGUACGACGUCCCAGGGGGAAUGCAGGACUACAAUUAUUUAAAAGGGAAUUGCUUGGAAAUCACCAUGGAGCUGAGCUGCUGCAAAUAUCCACUCGCUUCAGACUUAGCAAAAGAGUGGGAGAACAACCGAGAGUCUCUGCUGGCUUAUAUGGAGCAGGUUCACAUCGGCGUACGAGGUUUUGUCCGAGAAGCCAGAACCGGCGCUCCUCUUUCCGAUGCAGUGAUUUUUGUAGCGGGAAUUAACCACAACAUAACCACUGGCCACUUUGGUGACUAUUUCAGACUGCUGCUGCCAGGAACCUACAAUAUCAUGGCUUUAGCUUCUGGUUGCGUGCCGAUGACCGUCCCUGGCGUGCAAGUAACUGAAGGCAAAGCUACAGAACUCAACUUCACACUAGCACUUCUCAGUAAUGAGAGCGUCACCCACACAACCAUGACUACUACUACACCCUCUACCAUCCCUGUAACCACCAGUAGCAACUUCAGCACUCCCAGUCACGGUACAGGGACUACAGUCGUGCCUUUAAGCACCGCAGCUCCAGCGCCGCAGCCGCGGCAGCCUCAGGAGUUCCGCCAUCACCACAACAGCGACAUGGAGCUCUUCCUGCAGAGAUUCAGCACCAAGUAUCCCUCCAUCACACGUCUCUACUCCAUCGGCAAGUCCGCUCAGGGUCGUUUGCUUUGGGUCAUGGAGAUCUCUGAUUACCCUGGCGAACACGAGGAAGGUGAGCCAGAGUUUAAGUAUAUUGCUAACAUGCACGGCAACGAGGUGGUGGGACGAGAGCUGCUUCUAAAUCUGAUCGAGUACCUGUGCCAUAACUACGGCAGCGACCCAGAGGUCACACGACUUGUCAACAACACUCGCAUCCACAUCAUGCCCUCCAUGAACCCAGAUGGCUAUGAUAUUGCACAAGAGGGAGAUGUCAGUGGCUACCAGGGGCGUAAUAACAGUAACAACUACGACCUAAAUCGCAAUUUUCCUGACCAAUUUCAAACCAUUACUGAACCUAGACAGCCAGAGACUAUAGCAGUGAUGAACUGGGCUAAAAGCUACCCAUUCGUGCUGUCAGCUAACCUGCACGGAGGCUCUCUGGUGGUAAAUUAUCCUUAUGACGAUGAUCCAGAGGGCGUCAGUAGAUACAGCAGCUCUCCAGAUGAUGCAGUGUUUAAAAUGGUCGCCCUUGCUUACUCGCGGGAAAAUCCACUUAUGUUUAAAGGACACCCUUGUAAAGAUGUAAAAGAAUACCCUGAUGAGUACUUUAAGGAUGGCAUUACUAAUGGAGCUGCUUGGUACAAUGUGCCUGGUGGUAUGCAGGACUGGAACUAUCUUAACACUAACUGCUUUGAGGUGACCAUAGAGCUGGGCUGUGUGAAGUAUCCUCCAGCACAGGAGCUGCCACAGUACUGGGAACACAACCGGAGAUCUCUGCUGCAGUUUAUUCACCAGGUCCACAGAGGAGUGAAGGGAAUGGUGACUGAUAGUAAGGAUGGGACCGGUAUCCCCAAUGCUACCAUUACUGUAGAAGGGAUCAUCCACUCCAUCACCACUAACAGAGUUGGAGAUUACUGGCGUCUGCUUGUACCUGGAACAUACCACCUAACUGCCUCGGCUCAAGGCUACAAGUCUGUCACCACGUACGCCACCGUGCCUGACGGUGACGCAGAGGUCGUGGACUUUAAGCUGACCCGCAUACGGCGCGACACCAGCAGCCCUGACGCUCAUCCAGACUCCAGCGAGUUCCAGAGCUUCAUCAAGCAGCUCUCAGUGGGACCUGUACUGGACCAGCUCAUCCAGAACACUGCCACCACAAGCAGCUUCCGCUAUCGUGGCUACGAAGAGAUGUCUGAGUUCCUGCGCAGCCUCAACCUCAACUUCCCAAAUAUCACCUCUCUACGCAGCCUUGGUCAGAGUGUGGAGUUCAGGACUAUCUGGGCCCUUGAGAUCUCCAACAACCCCGAGGUGCCUGAACCAUCCGAGCCCAAGAUCCGAUUCGUGGCUGGCAUCCAUGGCAAUGCUCCAGUGGGCACAGAGCUGCUGCUGGAGUUUGUUACUUACCUGUGUAUCAACUAUGGAAAAAAUGCUGCUAUUACAAGGUUAAUCAACGAGACAAGAAUUGUUAUCCUUCCUUCCAUUAACCCGGAUGGUCGUGAGCUCGCUAAAGAAAGAGAGUGCUCCUCCUCUGUGGGUAUGACCAAUGCAAAUGGCAAAGACCUCGACACUGAUUUCUUUGGUAAUGCAUCGCAGCGCUCCACAGAAGCUCAGCCUGAGACUCGUGCAGUGAUGGAUCUGAUACAGGAGAAGGGCUUCACUCUGUCAGUGGCACUGGACGGGGGCUCUGUACUGGUUACCUACCCCUAUGACAAACCAGUUCAACCAGUUGAAAAUGAAAGCACCUUGAGGUAUUUGGCUACCGUGUAUGCCAACAAUCAUCCUACAAUGCAUUUAGGAGACACCGGAUGCCCAAACAAUGGUCAGAUGGGAAACAUCCCUGAUGGCGUGUUGCGGGCAGCAGAGAAACACAGUCACAUGGGCAGCAUGAAGGACUUCAGUGUGGACUUUGGUCACUGUCCUGAGAUUACAGUAUACGCCAGUUGUUGCCUAUUCCCCUCAGCUGAUCAUCUGCCCACCCUUUGGACUGAGAACAGGAAGUCUCUACUCAGCAUGCUGGUAGAGGUGCACAAAGGAGUUCGUGGAAUCGUAAAGGACAAGAGUGGCAAGACCAUAGCGGGGGCAAUGAUUGUGCUGAAUGGUGGAGUGCGAGUGUUCACCAGCGAGGGAGGUUACUUCCAUGCUUUGCUGGCUCCAGGAUCACACAGCAUUGAAGCAGUAGCAGAGGGAUACCAACAGCAGCGGCAGAAGGUGAUUGUCUCAUCAUACGAGGCAGCGGUCUCCAUCGUUAUUGAGUUUGAUAUGGACAACCGCAUCUUCGGUUUACCGCGAGAGUUAGUGGUGGCAUCUGCAGCUGCAGCUAUGACAGCUCUAGCUAUCACUGCCUGCAUCAUCUGGUGCGUGUGCUCAGUCAAGUCCAACAGGCAGAAGGACGGCUUCCACCGUCUGCGCCAGCACAGGGACGAAUAUGAAGACGAGAUCCGGCUCACCUCCAUGGGCUCCAAGAAAUCUCUGCUGAGUCACGAGUUCCAGGACGAGAGUGAAAGCGAUGAAGACACUCUGUACGCCAACAAACUCUGAUAUUUAUCUCACCUACAAUACUCGCGUCCUACAUUGCCACCCUACUGGAGUCUCUGAGAGAGACAGAAGAUCAAGGUUUAUCGGGUGUCGGUCCGAACCAGCAGGGGGUGCUAUGCUCACAGGCCCGUCUGCCCAGACUGCCAUGAAAUCCAUCCCAGGAUGCACUUUACUGGCCUAGUGAGAUCGGUUGACUGUUUCACACGUUUAUGUAUGCAACCUUACAAUCUGCGCUCAACCAACAUGCUAUUUAUUUGAGGCUAAAUUAUACUUGUUUAUAGUGUGGAAAUAUUCUGCACCUCUCUUCCAGUCAGUACAUCACUAACUCAGUUGCCCACAUGAAUAGAAACUCAGCAGGAUUACUAAACACAGUGCCUUGUUUGAUUAGCCUGAGCCAUUGCUGCCUGUUGGAUAUCACUAGGGUGUGAAGAUCAGUGUAAUGUGUGUAAGCUGAGUUCUCCUCUUGGAAGCUCUCUGUGUUUGGGUCUUAAUCAGGAGUUUAAUUAAUAUUCCUUUUAUUUUUAAUCACACUAUCCCACACAGUACGUGACAAAGUAUGUGCGUAAAUGGUCUUUAGAGGAGAAGUGCUGCUUAUGAUUUCUAAUACUGAGAUCACUUCUGGGUAAAUGUGUGCCUCAAAACUUCAAUGCUGAGAUUCUUUAGAAACUUUUUUUUUUUAAAAACAUUUCAGCGGCUAUACUUUUAUAGUGCUUUUCUACCGGAUAGUGCAGUAUGGUAAAUAAUCUGACGCUAUAGACUGUCAAGGUUUUUAUUUCAGGGUUAGCUGUACAGUAAUUCAAUCUGACCCUUCUUUCUAGAGUAGCUGGUGAAUCCAGCCGUUUGUUAAAACUGAUUUGUCAUUCGAUUCAGAAAACCUGCUAAUAUUUAGGUGCCGUUAAUUUUACUGUUGGAUGUGUGUUAGUUUUAGUUGAAGUAUUUUUAUUUGGGUCAUGCACCCAUGGUAAUGAUGUCUUGUAGCAUUGUGUUUAGUGCACUAUAUGAAAGGAAUGAAAUAUGGAUCCAGUUCCUGAAUCUAAGUGUUUUAUUCCUCUUAUACCAGCCGCCAGUUUGCCAAAAAAAAUUUCUUACUAUUCUUACUUUAUUAAUGAACGACACAUUAACUGUUUAUUGUUCUGUUUAAUAUUGUGGAACAUCCACUACACAAGGUAUUCAAAACUGUUCUUGUUAACAUUUCAUUAUAGCAGUCUCUCCUUCAACAGUUUAUUUUCCUAAAUAGUCAGAAUCAAGAAUUCAGUCACCACUAUGGUGUAAUCAUUUUGUUGAGUGUCAUUUUCACCAAGUGAAACCAUGCAACCGUAAAGGGUUUCUAAUGAAAUCUUCUCUGGUCUUGACUGAGACUCGAGAGAAGUCCUACUACAUCAUCCAUGUGUACUGUUAUGUACUGUCCUGUGGGAAAGCACUAUUAGUUAGCCAAGUUUCCAGAGUCUGUUAUCACUUUCUUGAUCAUUUCAUAUUGUGGCAUAUAAUAUUCAAUUACAGUGGUAUGAAUGUUUGGCUUGCCAAGUAAUUAUUUUCCCACAUAGAUUGUACAAAAUGUUGGAUAUGUGUACAUAUCUGUAGAUCAUUAAUAUAUUAAACCUCAUCUGAACAGUUUAUCCAGCCACAGCCACAAUGUGUGUUGUUAACCUUUUAGUUUUGAAAUAAUCCAGAUGUUUGAGACCAAAUGAGGAUGUAAACAUAUUUUCACAUUUAUAAUCGAUCUUAAAAAAGCUUGCUCACUAAAGCUUCGUUUGUUUGUUCAGAUUAUUCUCACGUUAAUUCUUUUCCAAUCUGGGUUUUUACCGGUGCUUGUGUAAAUGAAAUAUUUUAAAAUCACUCAAAUGAUAAAUUUAUUUAAAUUUAGUAACAAUAAUCUAUGGUUUUCACCAAACCAAAUAAUCACUUGGACACUUUUCUCUACCUGAAAGUGGCUUUGCGAUAUCACUUACUGCCAGAUAACAUCCAGUGAUUAUGAAAUGCCCUUCAAAUUCCACAUUUCUACUGACUUAUGCAGAAUUUAAUAAAAAACAAAGCACAGGCAAAAUAAUGGAUAUUAGCCAUGUAUGUCAGUGUUUCAUAGUUUAAGUAAUCAGGGUAACCUUUUUCCUUGAACUGUCUCUAUCGUUGUAAUUUA